UGUGAUUUUUGGAUUCAGCUCAUCAAAAUUACCCUAAAACAGUUGAAAAACCACAGACAUUUUUUGGCUGUUGAUCUGUGUAAUCAAUCUUCUAUCGAUUGAUUAUAUAACUUCUCUUUGGCUGCUGAACUUUUUUUAACAGAACAACAUCUCCCAGUGUGGGCGCGUUUUCUCCUGAUUGUAGGAAAAAACUUCUAAACAAUCUUUCUUGAGUUUCUUGCUCAACUCUUGAGAAAAUACUUCGUUUGUUGCAUGGAUCUAUGAAGUCCUUCUUGGAAACUUUUCUUCAUUCACUCCCUUUGCUGCUGAUCCAGCCUGAUAACUUUACCUAACUGAAGUCGGUGUUUGCCUCGUCUCUCGUUGUUGUUCUGGUCUCCUUUCCGUCCCGUCUUCCUUUGUCCUGUCCUAUUGUUAUCAGUCAUGUAACUGGAGGUUUGACUCACUGGCUUUAUCCCACCAUCUGCUCCAGUUCUGGGCUGCAGCUCCAUAAACUGUAACGUGGUGCUGACUGAGGCCCAGGGCGACUUCACGUCACCCUGCUACCCCCAGAAAUACCCCAACUCUCACACCUGUAAGUGGACCAUGCAAGCGCCGACCGGCUUCAUCAUCCAACUCUCCUUCUUGGACUUUGAAUUGGAAGAGGCACAGGACUGCAUGUAUGACCGGGUCGUGGUGAACACCGGUAGCACUGAGUCAAAGUUUUGUGGUCUGACGGCCCGAGGUUUGACACUAAACUCAACAAGGAACGUGAUGGAGGUUUCUUUCAUCUCUGACUUCAGCAUACAGAAGAAGGGCUUCACGGUUAGCUUCCAACACGUCGCAGUGGCUUUGAGGAACCAAAAGGUGAAAAUCCCAAAUGGUAACGGACAAAUCGCAGAGGUCAUCAACUCCGUUUCCAUACCGGCGCUCAAUGAAUUGACCAUAUGCUUUGAGGUGGAAAGAACAGGCUCCAGACAGAAAGAAUGGCUCUUCACCUACUACGACAUCAACAACAACGUGGCGUUAAGCUUUGGCUACAAUCAGACGGGCAUGGAAAUGGUUAUUGACGGAGUGGUCUGCCCAGUAGAGUCGAUCAUCUCUGUGGCUGAGUUCACCUCUUCCAUGAAGUUCUUCUGUGUCCUCUGGAUGUCCUCCAACAGUCGUGUGGCUGCUUACUUCAAUAGGCGCUACUAUGGGAAGAGCUGCUCGCCAUCUAGUGGCCACUCUGUGCCAGCUGGAGGAGUCUUCAAAUUAGGAGGCUUAGGGGUGCAGAGUUUCAAAGGGAACAUGUACAACCUGCGCCUGUGGAACCGAGCCAUGACGGUCCAGGAGCUGAGCGGCUUGACCUGCGACAUGGUGGGGAACGUCAUCGACUGGGACAACAGCCAGUGGACCAUCUCGUCCUCUCUUGCUCAGACUGACAACACACUUAGCUGCA